AUGGGAUCCCUAGUCACAGCCGGUCCAUGUGAUAUCUACGCCUCUGGUGAUACGCCUUGCGUUGCAGGCCACAGCACCACUCGCGCUCUGUAUGAUGCUUACAGUGGUCCACUCUACCAAGUCUCGCGGGCUUCUGACGGCACCACAGCUGAUAUUUCACCCGUGUCUGCUGGUUCAGUAGCCGAUGCCGCUGCCCAAGACAGCUUCUGUGAUGGAACGACCUGCAACAUUACUAUAAUUUACGACCAGACUGGCAAUACCAACCACCUUACUCAAGCUCCUGCAGGAGGUGCAGCAGGUGGACCAGACAACCUAGCUGACGCAACUGGAGCCCCUGUCACGCUCAACGGACAGAAGGCUUACGGUGUCCAGAUCCAGCCAGGUAUGGGAUACCGCUGUGAUACCGCUGUGGGCACAGCCACCGGUGAUGAAGCAGAGGGUAUGUAUGCCGUUCUUGAUGGAACAGAUUACAACGGUGCAUGCUGCUUUGACUACGGUAAUGCUGAGACAAACAAUGACGACAAUGGUGAUGCCCAUAUGGAGGCGAUCUACUUUGGACUUGGUACUGGAUAUGGCACCGGCACCGGAAGUGGUCCCUGGAUCUUAGCUGACCUUGAGAAUGGUCUAUCUGCCGGAGACAAUUUUGAUGUGACAUCAACCAACCCGUCAAUUUCCUUUCGUUUUGUCACGGCUAUCGUCAAAGGGCAGCCAAGCCAAUUUUCACUCCGUGGUGGCGAUGCUACAUCUGGCUCACUAGGAACAUACUGGAGCGGAGACUACCCGACUGGUUACAGCCCAAUGAAGAAAGAAGGAGCCAUUAUUCUGGGUAUUGGCGGUGACAACAGCAACGGUGCCCAGGGUACAUUCUAUGAAGGUGUUAUGACUUCAGGUUAUCCAUCGGAUGAUACCGAGAAUUCGGUACAGGCCAACAUUGUAGCCGCCAAAUACGCCACCAGCUCUUAA